AUGGCAAGAAUCGGCGUGCCCUUCUGCAAAUCCGACUUUGCAGACCAUUACCCUGCGCUUGCAGAGUACACGUAUCAAGCCAAACGUCAACGACAUCGGAGCCUUCGUUUCCGUACUCUUCUCUACAACCAUUUCCCACCUAUCCAGCAGGCCUGCACACAGGCAGACGCAACCUCCCAUUUACACUGCCAGUUCUCCAACCCAAUCGAACAGAAACAAGCCGCCAUAAAUUAGUCACAUUCUGUUUGCUUGCAUGUUAUUGGGCAGAAAAUGGACCAAGGAAGGAUCAUCAGAAAUACAGCUAUGAUGUGAGAUGCUUUAAGAAAACAGAAGUAUUUUUCUGAUCUCUCAAAACUUUCUGAAUUUCUUCCAGUUGAAUGGAAGUCAAAACUUACCCUUGAUGAAGACACUGUGGACUCCAUUACUCCAGUUAAAGUACAAGGUUUACGGGAUAUGCUGAGCAGCAAUGCAAUGGGUAUGAUGUAUUACACCCGUCCUCUUUACAGGGAUGAACCAGUGAAAGGGUUGCAGCAAGAGCUGAACCAGCUAUACACACUCAUCUGUGCCCGAAAUCAAGACUUUGAGGAGAAAGGAGGGCAAGUCUCAAUUGUGUCCCACUCACUCGGCUGUGUCAUCAUCAUGACUGGCUGGAACCCGGUCAGGUUUUAUGAAAACUUGGUGCAGAAGGAAGAGGAGGAGCUUCAAGACCACUGGAUGAGCUAUGAAGAGCAACAUUUACUUGAAGAACUUCAUAUAACUAAAAACUGGUUGAAAGAGAUAAGAGAGAGGUUACAAUGGUUAAAGGCAUCCACCAUUUCAGAACCACAUGUCUUACAAUUUAAGGUAGAGAAUUUCUUCUGUGUGGGAUCUCCAUUAGCAAUGUUUUUGGCAUUGUGUGGCAUCUGUCCAGGAAACUCUGGUAGUCAAGACCAUAUUCUGCCCAGAACAAUUUGUAUGCUAACUGUUUUUCACCCAACAGAUACAGUGGCCUAUAGAUCAGAACCUUUAAUUCAACACUACAGCAAUAUCUCGCCUAUUCAGAUCCACUGGUACAGCACUGUAAACCCUCUACUUUAUGAGUGUAUGAAGCCAAGUUUUCUCAACCCAACAAAUGAACCUACCUCAGUUACCAAUAGUGAAAGUGUGUCAACUGUACCAAGCCCAACUACUUCACCAGACAUGGCUCGACGCCACUAUGGGAAGUCUGUAACAAACAUAGGCAAGGCAAGUAUAUUAGGAGCUGCAAGCAUCAGGAAGGGCCUCGGCGGGAUGCUUUAUUCCAGAUUUGGUUGAUCUAGUACAGCCACCCCACAGACACUCGAGGCAGGAAAAGACAGAGACAAGGAGGAUGACAAGAAGGCCACAGCGGCGGGGGCGCCG